AUGGCGGCUCUCACGGACCUCUCCUUUAUGUACCGCUGGUUCAAGAACUGCAAUCUUGUCCGCAACCUCUCAGACAAGUAUGUCUUCAUCACAGGCUGUGACUCCGGCUUCGGGUACCAACUGGCCAAACAGCUGGUUGACCGAGGCAUGCGGGUGCUGGCUGCUUGUCUCACUGAGGAGGGGGCCCGGAAGCUUCAACAAGACACCUCCUAUCGGCUGCAGACCAUCCUCUUGGAUGUCACCAAGAGUGAGAGCGUUCAGGCGGCGGCCCACUGGGUGAGGGACCAAGUGGGCGAGCAAGGCCUCUGGGCCCUGGUGAACAAUGCUGGUGUGGGCGUGCCCAGUGGUCCCAAUGAAUGGCUGACCAAAGAGGACUUUGUGAAGGUGAUCAAUGUGAACCUGGUGGGACUAAUUGACGUGACCCUCCACAUGCUGCCCAUGGUCAAGAAAGCCCGCGGCAGGGUCGUCAACAUGUCCAGCUCUGGUGGUCGUGUAGCUGUCAUUGGCGGUGGCUACUGUGUCUCCAAGUUUGGUGUCGAGGCCUUCUCUGACAGCAUCAGGCGUGAGCUCCACUACUUUGGGGUGAAAGUCAGCAUCAUUGAGCCAGGGAACUAUCGGACAUCUAUUCUGGGCCAGCAAAGCAUGGAGUCGCGCUUGCGGAAGAUGUGGAAUCGGAUGCCUCAAGAGACCCGGGAUAGCUACGGAGAGGAGUACUUCCAAAUCUAUUCUGACAAGCUAACAAACAUGAUGAAGUUGGCAGAGCCAAGAAUCAGAGAUGUCAUCAACAGCUUGGAACACGCCAUUGUUUCCCGGAGCCCCCGCAUCCGCUACAACCCCGGCCUGGAUGCCAAACUCCUCUACCUCCCCUUGGCUAAGUUGCCCACCCCUGUGACAGAUUUCAUCCUGAGCCGGUACCUUCCAAGGCCAGCAGACAGUGUCUGAGCCAGGAAAGCCCAAGGAGUGGUCAUUGGAGUGUAGAGGAGGGGCCUGGGAGAAGGAACUAUGGGGUCACAAGAGGUGGCAUCAGACAUUCUGGGGGCACUUUGCUUGUCUGACACCCAUUGCUGGUGAAUUUAUGGGUAAUUUCUAACAGAAGAUGAAUCCUCUUCCCACUCAUUGGGGCAACACAGAGACCUGAGGCGCCUUUGUAAGUUCAAAGACCCUCAGCAUGGUCCCAAGAACCUCUGUCACCUGGUCAGUAUAUAGCUUUUUCUGGACAUGGAAAAAUCAAGGCGAGGAUAACUAGCUCUUGCUGCAUCACAAACCUCCCUCAGUUGUCACUGCCACUGAGAAAUAUUGUGGCAUAAUCCAGCCCACAGGAGAAUCUCAACCACUUUCUUACUGGGUUUUUUAAUAUGCAUUAACCUUUCACAUAACCCAUUAUUUAAAGAAUGUAGUAAGGCAGACAAGAUUAAUAAUAGGGACUACAAGAUUUACCAGGCAAAGUUUAUAAUAUUUUCUCUCUUUUAAGUUCCUCUAUCCAUAGGUGAUUGGGAUCCACAUGAAAUAAUAUUCAUUUAUUUAAUCAGCAUUAAUUAAUUCUUUAAAUAUUUAUUGAGUGCCUACUACAUACCAGGCGUUGUGUAGUUGCUGGAAGGUUAUACAAUGAUUAAAUCAUGGUCUUGAUUUAUUUUGUGGUUUUGUUUUUGUUUUUUACCAGUGUCUAAUAGCAAAGAUGGGACAAAUGGUGAUAAAAGAAAACAUAAAUAAGAAAAUCACCUAAUUCAGUGGUUCCCAAACUUGGCUGUAUGUCAUAAUCUCCUGGCUAAUUAAAAUUACAGAUUCCUAGGCCUCAAUGUUAGAAAAUAUUAUUCCGUAGACUUGGGAUGGGGCCCAGAAAUCUGCAUUUGUAAUAAGAACCUAGACGGUUCUGAUGCACCUAGACACGUGGAAACUGUUGGUGGUCAAGAGAAGGCAUUAACGUUCAGAGGAGGACAUGCCCUAUUCAAAGCACCCCCAGCACAGUGACCAAGGCAGAACUCAGGUGUUCAGAUCCCCAGGUUAGGGUUUCAGUUAUAGGAGAAUACAUGUCUGAAAUUAGUAACAUUGUGAAAUAAGUCAUGGAACUAAUUUUAAAAAAAUAUACCUUAAAUUUCUGAGCCAUAUGACAUUCUAUUGAAAAAUACUUUUUUAUCUUGAGGAAUGGUCAUGUAAUAAAGGUAAAUGUGAAAAAUUUUUAUUAAAAUGUCUUUGUGUCGCCCUAACCGGUUUGGCUCAGUGGAUAGAGCGUCGGCCUGCAGACUCAAGGGUCCCAGGUUUGAUUCCGGUCAAGGGCAUGUACCUUGGUU